AUUAUCUUUUAAUUUCACUGCAAUGUUUUUUUUCUUGGGUUUUGGGAUUAAGAUCUUCCUCUCCCGGCUGGAGCCUGCUGGGUAGAUUUGUUGCCAACCAAAGGGCACCAGAGGGAAUGGUCACCUUAUUCGCAGAACACAUAGCCCUAGGUUGGACGGGCUGUGAUUCCAGCAAAGAAUAGUGUAAAGCUCUCCGUAACAGCAGUGGGACUCGGGAGCACCUGGAACAGAGAGUGAGAAGCGUCUGAGGCAGCAGUGUCCUGUGGGAAAGUUGUAAACUUCUCUUACAAGCAGUUUGGGGAGUUCUGCUGCCAGCCGGUCCUGCUGGCUAUCACUGUCGGAGGAUCUGAGCACCAGGGGAGGUGAAAGGUGAAAUGAUUGGCUUUUCAGCAAUAGCUGGUGGACAUCAGGCAUCGGGUGAGUGUGUCCUCUGUCACUUGUUUCUAAAUAGGAAACCUGGAGUAAUGAGAGGUAAAAAUCUCUCUGCUGGUGCUGCUUGUGGUGUGGCACAUCAGUGCAGAGCUACUGUAAAUGUCUUUUAGUCCUUCCCACCCUGCACUCUCAGCAGGCUGGAUUACCCCCUAGCAGGUAGGAGAGACCAGAGCUACCCGGUGAUACUAACAAGUGAAUGUCACAGGAUGAGGGGAGGCAGAUUUUCUCCUUUCCACCCACAGCAAGUGGAAAAAACCCACAGUUUAUUGUCAUGUUUUUCCUCCUCACGUGUUUCUGAAAGCAUUGAGAAGAAUUUUUUUUAAACUUCCCAGUUGCUGUGAAAGGCACAAUUUAGUCACUAGUCCUGUGACAGAAACACUAAGAACUCGCUCAAGUUACAAGCCACUUACUAUCAUGUAGUACAAGGAAGAAUGAAAUUAGCAUCUUCCGAAUGAAAUAUCCAGCAGCCUCCAGAAGGUGCUGAAAUCCUUUGACAUUUCCAAGACUCUUUCACACUUUUCAAACAAGCUUGUCACAGUUUCCCAGAGCAUCAUGAAUCUGGUGAAAUCUGCAUAUUCUGCGACUCUAGUUUCACUGAAGUUUCAGCCAGGUCUUGCUUCAACUUGGCUGCGCUGGUCAACUAGGAAAUUGCAUUAUCUCAUUCUAAUGAAAUCAGCUUUUCAUCUUCAGCUGGAGUUUUCCUUGGGUUUUGGUGUCUGUCUCCAUCCCGCUGCUGUGAGUGAUUAAGGCAUUAGCACAUCCCACCCAUCUCUCUUGUUCGUCCCUAGAAGAAUCCCAUGCAGGGUUUGCUGGAUGCAUUUUUGCAAGUGCUGCUUCUUUGGCCAGCUGCUGACAGAGGUUGGGAUGCACCAACACCGCCAGUGAAUUGCAGAGAAAGGGGAUGGGGCUCUCACUCCUGUCCCACCCACAUUCCAGCUCGGUUUGCCUGGCCAUGCUGGCCACUGACAGCAAGCCUGGCCACGGCAGUGCAGGGAAUUGUAGCCACAGCCCCGGGGCCAGCAGCCCCGCGGGCGGGGUGGGCAGGACAGCCGGGAGCGCAGCCAGGGCUGAGCAGACUGGGCACAGGGAGCAUGUCGGAUUUGUCUGCCUGGGCGUUCUCCCAGGUGCUGGAUGACCCCUGUGGAUCAUGUGUCAGGACUGGAAUAGCCCCUGGAGCAGGGAGCCUGUCUGCAGGGAUAUUUAUAAACCCCUGGGUUAGUGGCUGUUUUGCAGGAUGGGGCUUGUCACGGCCUCAGUGGGAUCAGGGAUUUUUCCCUCCCGAGCUCAGUUUCUCCAGCUGGGACUGUCAAUGACAGCCCACCUGGCUGCAGGACAGAUCAGACAGUUUUCCUUUCCCACUCCACCAUUGACAGGAGUUUUGCUGGUGCUGCAUCCAUCCCAUACUGCCCUUCCUUCUCCAGCCCCUUCCUGCUCAGGACUGGUGUUGGAGCCUCACGGGGAGGCUGGGGCAGAGAAAUUCCCUCAUAUCAGUGUCAGCAGAAGAGACAGGCACCAGAUUAAUUUCACUCCUAGGGCUUUCAAGGUAUUUUUUAACCCAUGACAGCUCCCGAGGAACAUGUUAAGUUGUAGCUCAGCACCAGUCUGGGCAGGAGUGUCCCUGUUUCUGCAAGGUCCUGGCCACCAGUGCCUUUAUCCCUCUGCCCACUGAUAUUUGCAGAGCCCCACAGAGCAGCAACCUUGCACAGAGUGGGAAAACCCGAGGCCAUGCACUGGGAGGGUGAUGGCUACAGCCAAGUGGAAGCAGUGCUGACGAUUCUCUGCCUGGCCAGUGUCAGGGAGGAAAAUAUGAAAAAAGCCCAGGAGUGAGGACUCCUCAGGACCUCAGACAUUUGCUUGUCCAAGCACUGCUGCCACGUGGAUGGACUGUCAGUCAGAUGGGCACAGCUUGGAUGCACUGAGGGAAUUUUCAAAGCUAUGUAUAAAAGUGCAAAGAAAAUGUAAAAUUUGUGUUAUUAUCUUUGGAAACCAAAGAACCACAUUUUAUUUAGCAUUUAAACUUCCCAGUGCAGUUUGGACAAGGCCUUUGAAAACAUCUGGGUGCCCAAUUCCCGGGGUUAUCUGUGCAGCCACUGACCUCUGUAACUGGACAGUUGUGCAGACAAAUGUCACUGUCACCAAGAGACGUGGCUGUUCUGCUCCUCAGUGUAAUAUCCAUCUUCUCCAAUUCUCCAUCCACGGGGGAUUUCCAGCCUAUUUGCAUAGGAGUAACCCUGUUCCUGGAGUCUGUGGGAGGUGUGGAGAGCCCACAGUGCAGGGAAGGUGAUGGCAGUGCAGGUGACCUGGCUCAGGGAGCUACAGCUGGGCUGUCACCCUGCAGGCAGGACCAGCUGAGAUGGAUGGUGUCUCCCAGAGGUGCUGGAGGCUCAGAUCCACCAGGAACUGUGGCGUGAUGGAUCAGACAGUGAGCUGGAGCUCCAGGCUCCCACGGGAUGCUCCCAGGGGCUGCUCGGAGAUGUCUCCGGGGGUUGUCCCCAGCUGCAGCGGGGAGCUGGGAGGUGACAGCAAUGGAGCACAGCAUGCGUGGCAGGAGGGACAGCAGGUAUUCCCUGUCCUCCUCCUGCCCAUGCUGCUGGGGACAGGACACCGGCCCGGCUGUCCCCUGCUUUUGUGCCGUGCUGGGGGACACGGCAGCGACACGUGCGGUAUCGAGGCCACGCACAGCGCCGGGGCAGGAGGAUGGGAAUUCUUUAGCGGCUCCUUCCCGGCUGAUCAGCGGGCAGGUGAUGCUUCUCCUUCGUCCAGGAACGGGCAGGUUGCGUUAAAGAGAGACUGCAAUGCCAGCAUCCCAGCCACGGUCCAGGGCCAGAGACAGGAACAACGUCCUCAACAGGGCUGAGUUCCUCUCCCUGAAUCAGCCCUUGAAGGGGAACCAGGAGAGCAGGAGCUCCAGCAGGAAGCAGAGUGGUCAGGCCGGGGCAGCCGGUGCCCAGAACUGCAGCCCCAAGGAGCGGAGGCAGUCGCAGCAGCUGCCCGAGGAGGAUUGCAUGCAGCUCAACCCCUCCUUCAAGGGAAUCGCCUUCAACUCGCUGCUGGCCAUCGAUAUCUGCAUGUCCAAGAGGCUGGGAGUGUGUGCCAACAGAGCCUCCUCCUGGGGAGGUGCCCGCUCCAUGAUCAACCUGCUGGGGAUAACGGGGCACGGGAUCCCCUGGAUUGCAGGGACGCUCAUCUGCCUGGUGAAGAGCAGCACGCUGGCUGGCCAGGAGGUCCUCAUGAACCUGCUGCUAGCCCUGCUCCUGGAUAUCAUGAUUGUGGCAGGUUUGCAGAAGCUGGCCAAGCGGAAGGGUCCAUACGACAUCAACCCUGGCCUCCUGGACUACCUGACCAUGGACACCUACGCCUUUCCUGCCGGGCACGCCAGCCGGGUGGCCAUGCUCUCCAAGUUCUUCCUCAACCACCUGGUCCUGGCCAUCCCCCUGCGCAUCCUGCUGGUCCUCUGGGCCCUCUGCGUGGGCUUUUCCCGUGUCAUGAUCGGACGGCACCACAUCACAGAUGUUCUCUCUGGCUUUGUUUUUGGAUACCUGCAGUUCAGGCUGGUGGAGUUGAUAUGGAUGUCUUCCAACACGUGUCAGAUGUUGAUAUCCAUCUGGUGAACGUGGAGGACUUGGAAACUAGAAGAUACUUUGAGAGUCCCCCCCGUCCCAGUAUUUUCUACAUGUUGUUUGUUGGAAGCAGUUGUAACUUCCAUGAGUAGUGGUGUUUUUUAAUGUCGCUUCCCCACCUUCAAAAAAAAAAGUUUCUUGUAAUGGAUUGGGUUUUAGCGAUCAAGGGCCAUACCUGUGUUUGGCCAUAUUCUCAAGCUGUGUUUGGACAGCAGCCUAAUUAAGCUUUACAAGUGAGAGAAACGAGCUCCAUGUCUGCCUUCUUUAGGUGGUUCACAUUGGCACCUUGAUAUGUCCUCAGGAUGGGCAGUGCCUGAGAGCUUCCUGAGAACACAUUAGUGAACUUUUUAGAGGAUAAAUUAUUUUGGACACAGUGCUUUUUUUUUCUUUUUGUAAGCCCUGCAGUUGUGUCUUGUACAGAGUCAGGACACUGCUGGCGCUUUACAGAUAAUAAAUAAUCAUAAAAAUCC